AUGAACGACCGCGACAUCACCCGCAAUGGCUUCAAGUACUCGUACGGCCGAUUCUAUGCCCGAGGUCAGACUGAGAACAUUGACGGCGCGCAAUUGAAAGCCAUGCUUCUGCCGUGUCUAACUCCGGAAGCCAAUCGGCUCCUCCGAACUCACUACCGCGACCUUGUCCGCGGUCAGCUGCAGCACUACGGCGUCAAGUACGACGAGAGAGAAUUUUCCGGCAAUGCUACCCUGAUGCAGGCAAAAGUGCUCCUGGCAGGCAAGACCGCCUACCAUCCGGAAUGGGUUAUGGAAAGAUACUUCGUCGACGGUCCCGGCAACCCAGAUCCAACGAAAACAUCUGAGAUCGUCGGUAUCCCGUACCCACGCUUCAGCAGCUACCGCGCCGGGCAGCUUCAUGAGGCCGUCAGCGGGAUACAUGGCAUUCACCAUGCUACAGGCAUUCAGCGUCUCAUCCCCGCCGAGCAGGCGCAGGUUUCGAAGCACGGCGUCACGCAUCCGCGCGCCACCGCGCCAGCUCCUCGCGGAAGCACGUCUCGCAGUAGACGGUGCCCUUGCGGAGUAGCGCGGCGUAGAGGGUUCCAGAUGCCUGGGUCCGCUUUUACUUUGGGCACCAUCUUCAACGCGGUGGGGAGGAAGAAGGUUCGGGGGAAAUGGGAUGCCGUCGGUGGGGAGAGCGUCGUGGAGGUCUUUGCGGGGGCGUCCUUUGGAGCCUUUGAGAAGCUUGGGGACUCUGGGCAUGGGACCGGGGCCGAUUGGAACGUAGUCUUCGUCCAUGGACCUAUCGUGCGGGUCCUUGGCGGCGAGAUGGCCACCUUGCUCCGAUUCUUGGGCGCGUACGGCUGA